AUGCUCCGUAUAGAAAUCAUUCGCGAGAGCAGCAUCUACGUCAAGUGUGGAAUGCUGAUACUGUUUAUCGGAGGUCUGAUGCACGUCGUUGGAAUGUCAGCUCCUUACUGGGUCGUGGUUAGUGGCCAAGGCGCCGAGGCCCACAUUGGACUGUGGGUGUCGUGUUUACCAGGUUUUGGGUGUGUGAGCAAUGAUUCCGAUUUGGGAUGGUUAAGUGGUUGUAAAUUCUUGGAAAUGGCUUCCCUGCUGAUUCUGUUUGGCGUCAUGGGUCUUUUAGUGCUGUACCGUAUCAGGAAUCUUAGACUCUUCAUCAUUCUUUCAUUCAUUGGCUCCAUCGUCAGUGAGGUGUUUAUCAUAUUGGGAGUCAUUGUUUUUGUAGCUGAAUCACCAUUUGGGGGCAGUCUGAAUUGGGCGUUUGCACUUGAAAUAAUCGCUGCCAUCGGUCUGGUUCCUGCAAAACUUUGUGCUAUUGUUGUCAAACCGGAAAGAAGUGUGUAUAAAGUGAACUCCAGAUCAAGUGAAUAUAUGAAAUAUAUCAUAGCAGGUAUCUUGACUCUCAGAAUGGUGUCAGGUGUUCCUGAAAGAGUCAGCAUGUCCUUUCCGGAAGCGACAACCGCCAUGUUACUUAUUACAAUGGCGCCAAAAAUAAUCAUGAAUACAUAA